GAACUAACAGAAAAACAACAUUUGUGGGCUGCGCGUUGACGAAAUUUGUUUGUGAAAUUUUUCGUUCGUAGGACCAAUUGCUUCUCUUCUGUCCGAAAUUGCCCCGCAUUCACGUGUCCGUGUAAUAUGUAAACGGUUUGUGGUUUUUAUCUGGUGCGUUUGAGUCUUCGAAAAAAUUCAAAAUCGGAAUUAAGUUAUAAUAUAAAAACCAGCAACAACACAGUCGGGCGACAAAGCGACACGCCUCGCGUUGUUGUUGUUGUCGCGUGUGUUUUUUUAUUCGGCAGCAACUAUUUAUUUAUUUAGUCAAUUUACUUGCAAAAACAAAAGUGCUCGCCAUAAAUUCAAAUAAAUAAUAAUUAAUGUGCAUAAGCGUUGAGAAACAAAGAAGAGCAGGCGAUAAAGAAUAGAGAGGGAGCAAGCGAGAGAGGGGAUAAAAAACGAGACGUUCUCUCGCCUUCUCACUCCCACCCCCGCGCUUUCUCCAUCGCCUCUUCACCCCUCCUUUUUAUCACAUUUGUUGUUGCUGCCUUUUUGUGUUCAUUUAUUUUUUUUCUGCGUCAUAAUUCGCGAGUCUUAAAUUUUGUGUGCGCGUUUCUAGAUUCACUGAUCGGAAUCCGAUUUUUACAUAAAUAUAUAUGGUACAUAUGUAUAUCCGAAGUCCAGUUAACCUUACGUAAUUGAGUGUGAUUUUAAACGACCAAAAUGCAUUUUGAUCCCCAAAAAUCUCUAAUAACCGCCUGCUACGAGUGUUAAAAUAAUCAAAGAAAACCAAUUAGAGCGGCGAAAAGAGUGCAAAAGAGGGAGAUAGAGUAAGAGGCAGCUUUAGAGGGAUCCAGAAAAAGGACUUGAUCGGCUAACCGGUAGCGGAAACGGCAACGGCAAACGGAUACGGAAGCUGGCAAGAUGGCCGCCGCCCACAGCCACCUCAAUGCCAAUCUGCUCAGCUCGGACAUCUCUCGCAGAAAUCCGCAGGACGAGUACGAGCUCAUUCAGAAGAUUGGCUCGGGAACCUACGGCGAUGUCUAUAAGGCCAAACGGAUACAGAGCAAUGAGCUGGCCGCCAUCAAGGUCAUCAAGCUGGAACCCUCCGACGACAUACAGAUCAUCCAGCAGGAGAUCAUCAUGAUGAGGGACUGCCGCCACCCGAACAUCAUCGCCUACUACGGAUCGUACCUGCGAAGGGAUAAGCUCUGGAUCUGCAUGGAGUUCUGUGGCGGUGGCAGUCUGCAGGACAUCUACCAGGUCACUGGACCCCUCACCGAGGUCCAGAUCGCCUACAUGUGCCGGGAGACUCUCAAAGGACUCGAGUACCUGCACUCCAUGGGAAAAAUGCACCGCGACAUCAAGGGUGCGAAUAUCCUGUUGACGGAGUACGGUGACGUUAAACUGGCGGACUUUGGGGUUUCGGCGCAGAUAACGGCCACAAUUAACAAGCGCAAGAGCUUCAUAGGCACACCCUACUGGAUGGCUCCCGAAGUGGCAGCCGUGGAGCGAAAAGGUGGCUAUAAUCAACUUUGUGAUAUUUGGGCCUGUGGUAUAACCGCAAUCGAGCUCGCCGAGCUGCAGCCACCGAUGUUCGAUCUGCACCCGAUGCGGGCCCUCUUCCUGAUGUCGAAGAGCGGCUUCAAGCCGCCCACCCUGAACAACAAGGACAAGUGGAGCCCCACGUUCCACAACUUCAUCAAGACGGCGCUGACGAAGAACCCGAAGAAGCGACCCACCGCCGAGCGCCUGCUGCAGCACCCCUUCGUCCAGUGCGAGAUGUCCUUGCGAGUGGCCAAGGAGCUGCUGCAGAAGUACCAGAGUCCCAACCCGCAGUUCUACUACUAUCUCGAUGGCGAUGAGGAGUCUGUGGCCGGUGUGCCGCAGCGCAUUGCCAGCAAAAUGACGUCACGCACUAAUGGCGUCCCAGCACAAAAUCACACACUAAAAACAGGCAUGACGACGAACUCCACGUGGAAUGAGGGAUCUUCUAGUCCCGAGACGUUACCCAGUGACAUGAGCCUCUUACAAUAUAUUGAUGAGGAGCUGAAGCUAAGAGCGACCUUGCCACUGACCAGCGACACCAAAGACCCACUCGCCACCGAGUGCAGCUGCUCCUCCCACAACGGAGGAGCCGCCGGAGUAGGAGUAGGAGGAGGAGGAGCAGGCGGGGUUGCCGCGAACGGCAGCAGCAGCAGCGGCGGCGGCGCAGGCGGAGCAGUCGGCACCACCCAUCAUCAGCACCACCAGCACCACCAGCAUCACCACCAUCCGAAUCAUCCGAAUCACCUGCAUCAGCAUCAGCAACAUCCAUUGCCGCAGCAGCAACAGCAGCAGGCGCAACAGCAGCAGCAGGCGCAUCAGCAGCAGCAGCAGGCGGCACAGCAGCCACACCAGCCACAUCAUCACCACCAUCCAAUGACCUCGUCCAUGUCGAGCGGUUCGGUGACCGCCGCCAAUGCCAACUGCAUCAGCGCGUCCGCCUCGCUGGCCUCCAUGCCGGGCCUUAGUGCCUAUUUGGGCAUGGGUCCCCAUGUGGGUGGCCACAUGGGCUUGGGCCUGGGCCUGGGAUUGGGCAUGGGCCUCGGCCUGUCCAAUCUGCGCACCACCAGCAUCGAUGCCGACGACGACGACGAUGAGCUGGUGGCUGCCGAUGUGGCCAUGAACAAUGCUGCUGCCGCCGUUCCUGGGAACGGACCUGGUGCCGGCAAUGGCUCCGGCUCCGGUUCCGGGUCCGGUUGCUCCGCCUCUGCGGCGCACUAUCUGCGGUACAGCAGCAACUACCGCUCGGCCGCCGCGGCUCAGGCAUCGCAGGCGGCCCAUCCGAACGCCAAUGCGAACUCAAACUCAAACUCGAACAACGGCCAUGGCCACGCGCCGAUCUCAUCCAGCAUCUCGUCCUCUGCGUCAUCAGCUUCGUUUUAUAAUCGCCUCCUACUCCUCGAUAAUUCCAGCGGCGAUGCAGUCGUCGGCGGCAACGGAGGCGGCAGCAGCAGCAACCACAGCAUCAGCGGCGGAGUAGCAGGUGGCACCAAUGGCCUCCUGGACAAGCACGAUUCGGAGGCCACUCCCCAGGCUGGCCAGCAGUCUGUCGGCGAUGGCUUCGCGCAUUCCCACAGCCCGGCGACGAACUCGGUAUUCGGCGCGACAGGAUCGAAGGAGAACGAUGGACCCUCGUCGAGCAACUCCUCGCAUCUCUACCAGAACCUGCUGAGGAGCAGCUCGGGAGAGGCGCCUGCGGGUUCCAAUGCGGCGGGCAACAACUGUGAUUACCGGCACGAGAGCAAUCAGAAUGGUCUGGAAGACUCGCCUCGUCGCCAUAGCUCCAUGGAUCAGCUUAUUGGGUUGAUCAACGACAUGGGCAAAUCUUCGAGGACGCGCAGCCUCAGCGACGGCGGCACUCAGGACGACGACGAAGCGGAGAAGGAGGCGCAACCGGACCUGCUGAACAACACCCCACCGGUGCCACCGAAGCGCUCCCACAAGCGUCGCCACACGCCCCCUCGGCCCAUUUCCAACGGACUGCCGCCCACUCCCAAGGUGCACAUGGGCGCCUGCUUCUCGAAGAUCUUCAACGGCUGCCCCUUGCGGGUGCACUGCACCGCCUCGUGGAUCCACCCGGAGACGCGGGACCAGCAUCUGCUGAUCGGGGCCGAGGAGGGAAUCUACAACCUCAACAUGAACGAACUGCACGACGCGGCCAUCGAUCAGGUGUUCCCGCGCCGCACCACCUGGCUGUAUGUCAUCAAGGAUGUGCUCAUGAGUCUGUCAGGCAAAUCCUGCCAGCUCUAUAGGCACGACCUGGUGGCCCUGCACUCCAAGCAGACGGUGCGCUUCUCGCUGCACAUGAACAAGAUCCCGGAGCGAUUGGUGCCGCGCAAGUUCGCUCUGACCACCAAGGUGCCGGACACGAAGUGCUGCACGCAGUGCUGUGUGACGCGGAACCCGUACAACGGAUACAAAUACCUGUGUGGGGCGACGCCCAGCGGCAUUUUCCUGAUGCAGUGGUACGAUCCACUGAACAAGUUUAUGCUGCUGAAGCAGUGCGAGUGGCCAGCCAUCAGCAUUCAAGGCGGAGGUCAUGGCUGCGUCCAGAACGGCCACACGCCCGUGUUCGAGAUGAUUAUCACGCCGGAGCUGGAGUACCCGAUAGUUUGUACGGGUGUGCGCAAGGCCAUGAACGGCUGCCUCAAGCUGGAGCUGAUCAACAUGAACAGUGCCAGCUGGUUCCACUCGGAGGACCUGGAGUAUGACGCCAUGGCCACGAUGGUGCCGCGACGCGACCUGCUGAAGGUGGUGCGUGUGCACCAGGUGGAGAAGGACGCCAUCCUGGUCUGCCACGGCAAUCUGAUACAGGUGGUCACGCUGCAGGGCAACCCCAAGCAGCACAAGAAGAUGGUAUCGCAGCUCAACUUUGACUUCAACGUGGACAGUAUUGUAUGUUUACCGGACAGCGUUUUGGCAUUCCAUAAGCACGGCAUGCAGGGGAAGUCGUUGCGCAACGGCGAGGUGACGCAGGAGAUUAAGGACAUGAGUCGCACUUACAGGCUGCUGGGCAGCGAUAAGGUUGUGGCAUUGGAGAGCCAGCUGCUGAGGACCGGCUCUUUGGGCAGCGAGGAGGGACACGAUCUGUACAUUCUGGCUGGACACGAGGCCAGCUACUAAGCCACUGGGCGCCCGCAUAAUUCACUGUUAUAUUUUAAAUAUAAUCCGGUACACCACACACACGUUUUAAGGGCCGCGCCGCCGUCGUCGUCAACUAUUAACUGUAAUUUAAUUACUCGUAGGCUAAGCAGUAAAUUACUGAUCAUAGAGGACUAGAGAGAGACAGUUGCAUGUCGAGCGUUCGAUAGCUUAGAUUAGCGCAAUUUUACCGCACCUAGAAGAGGCAGCCUUCGAACAAGAGAUUCACACUACCAAGCACACUGAUGCACUGAUGGGGUACUCCUCGGCCCGAUUUGCUAUCUUUCGAUCUGUUGAUCACUCGAUAUAUAUUAGACGUCUGCGUCUGCCCGAUUCCGUUGUAGCUAUAUUUUUGUAUUACAAAGAAAUGCUUUAAUUUAUACAACCAACUUUAAUGACCUAAGGUAAUCGCUACGGAUAGUUAUGUUAGAGAUUUGUGUACACGCUUCACAAAGCCAAUAGAUACGUUUCCAAAUAGUCAGUCGGCAGGAGAAUCCAAUUAAACAUUAACUAAUACACGCAAUUAUCCACACGAUUCGAGAACCACUAAGGCAAUUAGAACUAAUAAAUACUUCUUAGACUAUAGCAAUUGUAAAUCGCAAUGUUUUUAGCUGGUUAAACUGCUUUCGAUUGGCUCAAAACCGCAACGGAAAUUUAAGGAUGAGAGAAUGAGGGGAGCGAUCUAGGAUGAAACGGUUUGUUGGGAAACAAAAUUAGCUAGUAAGACUUUUCUAACCUAGUAACACGAAUUAACAAAAAUAAAUUCAAUUUAAAGGUCUGUAUCUGUAUGUUAAACAAAUAAA